CCUUAAGACAAGAUUGGUGACUCAACUACCCUCUAUGAAAAUAAGCUAAGAAAUAAGAAAUAAGAAACUAUUAAUAGGUCGGUCAAUUUGUACAAGUGACUUCUUAUUUCUAUCAAAAGAAAAAGAAAAAAGAAAAAAAAGCCAAGUGUUUUUGUUUUUAUAGUCUAGACUUAUCAUGUCUCCUUUCAAUCUUCAGACCUGUGCAAGGUCCAAUAUUCUAGCCUUGGAACCGUACCGAUGUGCGCGAGAUGACUACAAGGACGAUGGUACAAACAUUCUUCUUGACGCCAACGAGAACGCUAUUGGACCGUCCUUGACAGCGGAUGCCGUGUCGGCUGUGUCCAAGGGCUCUGGGGUCAAGAUAGACUUCCUAGGACUACACAGAUAUCCAGACCCGCACCAACGGGAUCUAAAGCAGCUGCUCUGCAAUCUGCGGAACACUCACCACCACACGGACAAAAGCAUAACACCGGACAAUCUGUUUGUCGGCGUUGGCAGCGAUGAGGCUAUCGAUGCGCUGCUGAGAUGCUUUUGUGUUCCCGGUCGGGACCGCAUCUUGGUAUGCCCCCCAACGUACGGCAUGUACUCCGUGUCAGCACAGGUCAACGAUGUUGGACUGGUCAAAGUUCCUCUUUUGCCGGCACCGACGUUUGGAGUUGACGUAUCCAAAGUACUAGAGGCGCUCUCAACGGAGCAGAAUAUCAAGCUUAUCUACUUGUGCUCACCGGGAAACCCGACCGGCUCGCUACUGGCCAAGGAAGAUAUAAAGCAGAUUUUGGAGCACCCAACGUGGAACGGUAUAGUAGUCGUUGAUGAGGCAUACGUCGACUUUGCGCCUGAAGGUACUUCGUUGGCGGAAUGGGUUGCCGAAUGGCCCAACCUAGUCGUCAUGCAGACGCUCUCAAAGGCGUUUGGUAUGGCAGGUAUCCGGCUCGGAGCGGCGUUCGCAGCGCCGCCGGUCGCGCAACUCCUCAACAACAUUAAAGCACCGUACAACAUCUCCAGCCCGACUAGCGCGUUGGCAUCAUAUGUCGCUUCGGGCGAAGGUUUAGCGACGAUGCGCGCAAACAGGGAGAAGAUUGUGCAACAAAGGGAGAGGUUACUUAAGGAACUACCUAAAAUUAAGGGCGUAGGACGGCUACGCGGCGGGACGAGCAGUAACUUCUUGCUUUUUGAGAUGCUGAACGCGGAGGGCAAGCCGGAUAAUGUGACCGCGCUAGCGGUGUAUGAGACGCUGGCGGAGAAUAAAGGCGUCGUGGUACGGUUUAGGGGUAAGGAGCACGGGUGUCUAGGAUGCUUACGGAUCACGGUUGGGACGGAAGACGAGGUCACUAGAUUCCUAAAAGCUAUAGAACAGGCGCUUGCCGAAACCAACGGACACAAGACGGAGGUACCGGCAGACGAGGCGAGAAGAGAGGUAGAGGCGAAUGGUGUUGUGGCAUAGACGGUUGGUUGGGUACCUAGGUAGCUAAGACAUAAAAAGGUCUAGAUAGGGCAUCAUAGGGGUCUGUUCUGUGACUUUGAUUUACGUACUUGAGAAAACUAGACGAAUUUAUAUGGCUAUGAUAAAAUAGAGAAGCUAUGUAUCUUAAACAUUACUAC